AUGGUUUCCGCAAUCAAUGUUGGCAUACUUCAACCUCCCGGUGAUUUAACAAACACGCUAUCUUCUGGCUGUAGCAGUGGGAAUUACACUUUCUCUGAAAGUGGCAGUCCUUCAUUCUCUACCAUCGCAAUGCGUCAUUACUGUCAGGAUAUCACCUCACGCAUCCGCGUCUUGAACGAGACCCGUACAAGCGAUAACAAGUCUUCCACUGGUGCGUACCUCAGGAUAGACUUUGGCAAUAAGGAAACCUUUGACUGGUCUCAAAAUCCACUGGGAUCGUCUUCUCGUCAUGGAUCACACUGGGAUGAUAAAGAUUGGAAAGCAGUCAAUUGCUCGUUGUUCCCAGUUGUGAACACUUAUGCAGCCAACAUCAGUGGUGCGGUACUUCAAGAGGAGCUGACUGAAAGUUUUCCUCUCCGAGGAAUAGGCGGCCAUUCUAAGAAACGCGAAAUGGCUGACCAAGACUUUGCGGCACUACAAGAGGAACUGACUGACAAUUUUUAUCUCCAAGGAACAGGCGGCCAUUUCAGAAGACCUGGAACAGCUGACCAAGACUUCAACAACAUCGUCUUCACUUUUGCCCACAUGAUGGUCACGAACCAUAACCUACGAGGCGGCAAGCGAGAGUCCUGUGAGGGCUCCAACAGACCUGGAACAGGGCUUAGAGAGUUCAUGAAAAGCAGUAACGAGCCUACUUACGUCACUCUCGAAGGCCACACAGAUCCCACUUCUGGAUGGAAAUGGCGGUACUAUCCAGAAGAUUGCAUUUGGACGGUGUCCAGAUUUGCCAUGACUGCGAACCGGCAGACCCUGAGCGAGAUAUUGGAUGGCCAGAACGUUACGAUGACUUUCAAAGGUGGACUGGGGGGAUCGACGCACCUGCGUGUAUUAUUCGAGGAAGGCAAUGUUACGUACGAUAGCAUAGAUGAGCGUUUUCGGGGGCUGGCGACCUCCAUAUCCGCAGUCAUGCGAACGAAUGGCGGCAGCGCGUACACACGAUCUUUGAUGGAAAUCGCCAGAGGUACCGUUUGGGUCAACAUAACGUGCGUCUCUAUACGAUGGCCUUGGAUCGCUUUUCCAGCCGUCAUGAUAGGACUAACGGGUUUGUUCCUUAUAUUGGUCGCGAUCGAGAACCGCGGCAUCGAGAACGAUCGACUCUGGAAAAGCUCUUUCCUUGCUGCUCUGUUCUGCGAGGCUGAAUUGCACGAGAAACCUGUUGGAAAAGAGCAAAUGAAAGCAGUCGCCAAGUCAUCGAGCAUGAGCCUUGAGGGAAAGAAUGGGACGUUGAGAUUGAUUGCCCGCUAG